AUGACAGACUUCAAUGAAAUCUGGCAAGAUGUCAACAAUGCUGGGAACAAAGGGUAUCCUGUGAUUGCCGGGAGUCUCGGUACCUCUCUGGGAACCUUGGUACUUCGUCAGGAGGGUUGGUACCUCGCCGGGAGUCUUGAUACCUCGCUGGGAACCUUCGGUACCUCGUUGGGAACCUUGGUACUUCGUCAGGAGUCUUGGUACAUCGCUGGGAACCUUGGUACUUCGUCAGGAGUCUUGGUACCUCGCUGGGAACCUUGGAAAGUUUUUGAAAUCAGAGAGAUGGAGGCUACCUUCUUGAGACAAGUUGUUCGGCGAUGCAAUCUAACAAAACUCUUGACAAGGAUCAAUGUUUCUUGUAUGACAACACGGCAAACAUUUGUGACUGCUAAGCAAGAGAAGGCGUCAAAGGUUCCUCAACACCCUGUUAAUGACAGCAUCAAUGAACAAGUUCUCCCACCAAAAACGCAAGUGGAUCUUCAGCUAGUGCAGCUGCUGGAAAAAUUAUCACUUGUUGAUUUCGCAAACAAAGAAGGUCUAGCCAGACUAGAGGCUGCAAUAAGCAUGGCCGAUCAGCUGUGUGUGGUGAACACAGAAGGUGUGGAGCCAAUGAUUACUGUGCUUGAGAACAGGUCUCUCCAUCUGGCGGAUGAUGAGGUUCUUUCUGACAACUUGAGCGAGGAGCUGCUAGCUUGUGCCAAGGAAACUCUUGAGGAUUACUUUAUCGUCCCACCAGGAAAUAUCACCUACUCAGAAGAAAAAGGAUACUAUCAUGAACUGGAUCGUGGUAAGGAGGAAACAUGAAGAAUAAUGUAAAACAAAGUAUAAUACACUCGGUGAAGAUUGUUGUACUGUAUUGCUUUCUUUUGUCAUUAGGAACAUCAUGUGCUCAAAAUCUUUUGGAUACUGUCAUGAACUGGAUUAUGGCAAGGACACAAAGAAUAUAAAGUAAACCACAUUACAGUCAAUGAAGAUUGCUGUAUUGCUUUCUUUGGUCACUGGGGAAACAUCAUUUGCUCAAAAGAUAAAGGUUGAUACCAUGAAGUGGAUCAUGGCCAAUAGGAGACAAAGAACACUGCUAUACAGUAUUUCUUUGUUUUAAAAGUAUGACGUGUAUCAAUUCUUGGCUCCUAAUAGAAAUUCAAAGAUUUAUUUUUUAGAAAAAGAUGAUCUUGUGAUUGUGAUAGAUCACACUUGCGAUGUCUAUAAUCUUGUUUAUAAUUUGAAAUAUUGUAAUUUAUGUAAGCUAAUUUUGACAAUUUUAGUCUUCAUAUCCAUGUUCUCCCGAGUGCUCAAUAAUGAUGCCUUGGAAUACUUAACAUAAUUAUGUUUGGCUUGGAUGAAGAUUGGAAAUACUGUAGUUUGAAGAGUGUCAUGGCAGCAAUUCACAAAAUUACACCAGUUGUAAUAAAUUCUGUAAUAGAUAUAGCUGUGUCUCAGAAAAAUAUGAGAGAGCAAUAUAAGUAAACAGUUGCAGAACUC